UCAGUUGCUGUUGUGAUUUAAAGUAGUUAACACAAAUUUUGUGAAAAAAACCUUAAGUUUAUCAGUUCCAUAUACCUUAGUGUGAUAAACCAACAAAAAAACAAAAAUGGCCUUCCAAUCGGUGGUGACAAUGGAGAAGCCUCUGCAGCAUAUCUCGCUGGCUGAUUGGAAUGCUCGAGUGAUUGGUUUGCGGAAUGUGGCGGAUGCUCGUCGAGCUGAUGCAUUCGCUCUACGCCAUUCAUCGCGAACUCUUCGCAAUGAGACUCGCAUUGAGAGUGACUGGGCGAGCAUUGAGACUAACGAUGCUCUGGCUGAUCGCAUUAUUGAGCUGAACAAUUGGCGUCAGAUUAUUGAGAGAACCUUUAAGCGCAUCGAGGACGAAAUCCAUGCCCUGCAAGAGGAGAAGGAUAUUACGGAACGGGAGUUGGCGGCACUCUCGGCUCCAAUUGCGGUUAUAAGUGAAGUAUUAACAAUGCGAGAUAGUCGCUUUGGCUCCGAAAUGACUUAUGAUGAGCCCGAUACGGAGGUUAAGAAUGAACUGCGUAUUUUGGAGAAUAAUCAGCGAUUGCUCGCGGAACGUUGCCAAAAGGCCUGGGCGAAGCUUACUCGUUUGGAGGAGGUGCGUUUCAAGAUUGGUAUGGAGAUCGAGAACAAAGUGGAGGCCGUCGAUCUUGAUAAUGUUCAACUGGCACUGGAUCGAAAUUCUGCUGGAAUAUCUUACAAGCCUGAUCCCAUGCGCAAUCCUAAAAACUCUUGCUCUUAUGAAUCGUGGCUGGAGCAUGUUAAGAACAUCAAGCAACUGGCCGAGAACGAGUUGGCAGAUACCUCUGCCAUUCGGGAAGCCUUAUUUGUAUGCCGUGAGAAGGCCCGGAAUAUGUUGCAGGCACAGCAGGAGCGUGCUGAGCAUAGCAUUCGUAAGCGCAUCUUCGAGACGCAGCGGGCACGCAAUGAACUCGAAUGGCAAAAGCUUAAGAUGAAGGAGGAAAUGGAGAGUGCUGUGUGUGAGAUCAAGUCGCUGGAGGAAUCGUUGCGCGACAAGUCAAACUUAUUGAAGUUGGCCGAGACGCGUCUUGAGAAUCGGGCUCAACGCAGUGGCAAGGAGCUGUGUCUGGAUCAUGCACAUGAUGUGCUCUGUCAGGAGGUGGAGAAGUUGCGUGAGAUCCGUCGUUGUCUUAAGGAGAAAAUCGAUGACGCCAAGGCCAACUUUAAUUUGCUCUCGGAUCAUGCACAAAAAAUCGACACGGAUCUGGAGAACAAGCAGCAUUCGUUGAUGACGGACAUACGUGCCUUGGAUUUACGCACGCGUCUCAAGGGCGGUGAGUUUGGUCUGAAGACGAGCAAUCCAAGUGGCCAGACCGAGCGCAAUAUUAUGCUUACCCACAUGGAGCAGGAAAUUCCGAAACCAUAGACUGAUGCAAAACUAAAGAAAUCCUUCGCCUUGACUAAAUUCCUGUGUAGAAACUAUAAAUACAGCUUUUAUUAUU